AUGGACACUUCAUCCAAAGAAAAUAUCCAGUUAUUCCGCAAAAAUUCAAUGCAACCAGUUAGGAGGCCUUCCUUUAAAACAGAAUAUUCCUCCUCAGAGGAGAAACAGCCAUGCUGUGGUGAACUAAAGGUGUUCUUAGGUGCCUUGUCUUUUGUUUACUUUGCCAAAGCACUGGCUGAAGGCUAUCUGAAGAGCACCAUCACUCAAAUAGAGAGAAGGUUUGAAAUCCCUUCUUCACUGGUGGGAGUUAUCGAUGGUAGUUUUGAAAUUGGGAAUCUCUUAGUUAUAACACUUGUUAGCUACUUUGGAGCCAGACUUCACAGGCCAAAAAUAAUUGGAGCAGGGUGCCUCAUCAUGGGUGUGGGAACAUUGCUCAUUGCGAUGCCUCAGUUCUUCAUGAAACAGUACAGAUAUGAAAGGUAUUCUUCUUUCUCCAAUUCCACUCUUAGCAUCUCUCCAUGUCUCCUGGAGUCAAACAAUCAAUUACCAAUCUCAGUUAUAGAAGAAUCACAGUCCAAAAUAAAUAAUGAAUGUGACAUUGAUGCCAGCUCCUCCAUGUGGGUUUAUGUUUUUCUGGGGAACCUUCUUCGUGGAAUUGGAGAAACUCCCAUUCAGCCUCUAGGCAUUGCUUACCUUGAUGAUUUUGCCAGUGAAGACAAUGCAGCUUUCUAUAUUGGGUGUGUGCAGACGGUUGCAAUUAUAGGACCGAUCUUUGGCUUCCUGUUAGGUUCAUUAUGUGCCAAACUGUAUGUUGACAUUGGCUUUGUAAACCUAGAUCACAUAACCAUUACCCCAAAGGAUCCCCAGUGGGUAGGUGCCUGGUGGCUUGGUUAUCUAAUAGCAGGAAUCAUAAGUCUCCUUGCAGCUGUACCUUUCUGGUGUUUACCAAAGAGUCUUCCGAGACCGCGAAGUAGAGAGGAUUCCAAUUCUUCCUCGGAGAAAUCCAAGUUUAUUGUGGAUGGUCAUACAGACUACCAAACACCCCAUGGAGAAAAAGUAAAAAUAAUGGAAAUGGCAAGAGAUUUUCUUCCAUCACUGAAGAAUCUUUUUGGAAAUCCAGUGUACUUCUUAUAUUUGUGUGCAAGCACUGUUCAGUUCAAUUCUUUAUUUGGCAUGGUGACAUAUAAACCAAAGUACAUUGAGCAACAGUAUGGGCAGUCGUCCUCUAAGGCCAACUUUGUUAUCGGGCUCAUCAACAUACCUGCAGUGGCUCUUGGAAUAUUCUCUGGGGGGAUAGCUAUGAAAAAAUUCAGAAUUGGUGUAUGUGGAGCUGCAAAAAUCUACUUGGGAUCAUCUGUCCUUGGGUACCUCCUAUUCCUUUCCCUGUUUGCAUUGGGAUGUGAAAAUUCUGAUGUGGCAGGGUUAACUAUCUCCUACCAAGGAACCAAACCUGUCUCUUAUCAUGAACGAGCUCUCUUUUCAGAUUGCAACUCAAGAUGCAAAUGUUCAGAGACAAAAUGGGAACCCAUGUGUGGUGCAAAUGGAAUCACGUAUGCAUCGGCUUGUCUUGCUGGUUGUCAAAACUCCACCAGGAGUGGAAAGACUAUUAUAUUUUAUAACUGCACCUGUGUGGGAACUGCCACCUCUAUAUCAGGAAAUUCCUCAGGCAUGGUGGGCAGAUGUCAAAAAGACAAUGGAUGUUCCAAAAUGUUUCUGUAUUUCCUUGUAAUAUCAGUCAUCACGUCCUAUACUUUAUCCCUAGGUGGCAUACCUGGAUAUAUAUUGCUUCUGAGAUGCAUUAAGCCACAACUUAAGUCUUUUGCCCUGGGUAUCUACACUUUAGCAAUAAGAGUUCUUGCAGGCAUCCCAGCUCCUGUAUAUUUUGGAGUUUUGAUUGAUACUUCAUGCCUUAAAUGGGGAUUUAAGAGAUGUGGAACUAGAGGAUCCUGCAGAUUAUAUGAUUCAAACACUUUUAGACACAUAUAUCUGGGACUAACUAUGAUGCUGGGCAUAAUGUCCAUUUUCCUAAAUAUUGCAGUACUUUUCACUUUAAAGAAAAAUUAUGUUUCAAAACAUAGAAGCUUCAGAACCAAGAGAGAAAGAACAAUGGUGUCUACAAGAAUCAAAAAGGAAAAUUGUACUACAAGUGAUCAUUUGCUACAACCCAACAACUGGCCAGGCAAGGAGACACAGCUUUAGAAA